AUGGGCACAAAUCCUUCUGAUUUGAUCAAAAGCAUUAAAACUAAAAAUUCAUCAGUACCUGAUUCGGGUAAAGAACAGAAUCAAGAAGAAAGUACUAAUGUCAUAGAAUCUGUUGAUACACAAUUAUCAAAAGAAUCAUCACAAGAAGAAAAAUCAGAGCAAAUCAUAGAAAAGUCGAUUCCAUCUACUAACCAAAUACUUCAUGAACUUGACCAUCGCUCUACUCUUAAUUUUAAUAAGUCUUCUUCAUUGAAAACAUCCAGAAAAGGACGAACAACUGCAACGAAUACUGCAUUAGAUUAUGAACCUCCAACGAAUAAUAAUCAAAAUAGAACACCAAUCGCUUCAAAAAAUCAAAUUAAUGAAACAUCUGAAACUGAACAUGCAACGUCAUUUGUAACAAAUGCAUUAAGUAACACUAAACGAGGAUUACAUGAUACAUUUAAAAUAAUGAAAUUAGCUGCUGAUGUUCAUGAUACAUUAUUUAUUGAAGAGUUAAAAGAUUCUGUAAGUCCAUUACUUCGUGCUUUAGCUAUUCGUCAAAAAUAUAUGCACCAUAGUUGUCAAUCAUAUUCAACAACGAUUGAACCUUUUUUAGCUAAAAUUUUAGAAGAAGAUGAUCAUUAUCAACGUACAUCAUUAAAUGUCAAUCUACCCAAAAAAGAAGAAUCUGAUCUACCUACUACAGUAGCUAUAAAAGUUGAAAAUCCAUUUAGUAAACCAUUACUUCCACCUAUGGAUGCUUGUGUUAGAGCAGAAAAAGGUAUAUAUCAUGUUUAUACACUUAAUGAACAAAAACAAUGGAUACCAGCUAAAUAUAAAUCCAUAACUAUGGAUGAAUUCAUUGAAGAUUAUACACUUAUAUCAAAAAUGAUUGUUGAUGGUCCAUUACAAUCUUAUUGCCAUCGUCGUUUACAAUAUCUUAAAACAAAACAUGAAUUACAUACAUUACUUAAUGAAGUUAAAGAAUGGUCAGAAGCUAAAUCAGCAUCACAUAGAGAUUUUUAUAAUAUUCGAAAAGUUGAUACACAUAUUCAUGCAGUAGCAUCAAUGCAUCAAAAAAGUUUAUUAACUUUUAUGAAGAAAAAAAUGCAAGUAUCAAGUGAUAUGAAAGUUUAUAAGAAACCUGAUGGAACUAUGUUAACAUUAAAACAAGUUUUUGAUGAAUUAAAACUCGAUAUUAAUCAUAUAGAUAUUGAUCAACUUGGUGUUCAUGCUGAUCGACAUACAUUUCAACGUUUCGAUCGUUUCAAUGCAAAUUAUAAUCCUGCUGGUAAAGCGAUGUUACGAGAAAUUUUUAUGAAACCUAAUAAUCAUAUUGAUGGAGUAUUUUAUGCUGAACUGUUAAAAGAAGUUAUCACUAAUUUAGAAGUGAGUAGAUAUCAACAUGCAGAAUUUCGUAUGUCAAUUCAAGGUAGAAGUAUGGAUGAAUGGGAUAAAUUAGCUAAAUGGUUUUUAAAAAAUGAAAUGCAUUCGACUAAUGUUAGUUAUAUGAUACAAGUACCACGCAUUUUUACUGCUCAUCGUGCAGGUGGUAAAUUAAAAAAUUUUGAAGAACUUUUAACAAAUCUUUUUCAACCAUUAUUUGAUGCAACAAUUCAUCCUGAAUCACAUCCAGAUUUAUUCCGUUUUAUGCGUUAUUUUACUGGUUUUGAUUCAGUUGAUGAUGAAUCAAAACCUGAAAGAUCAAUAUCAACAUGUCAUACGAUAGAUCCAGAUCAAUGGAAUACAAAUGAAAAUCCACCUUAUGCUUAUUAUUUAUUUUAUAUGUAUGCAAAUAUUCUUACACUUAAUCAACUUCGAAGAUCACGUGGUUUAAAUACAUAUCAAUUGCGUCCACAUUGUGGUGAAGCUGGUGAUGUAUCACAUCUUGCUACAGCAUAUAUACUUGCAGAAAAUAUUUCUCAUGGUCUUGUUUUACGCGAAUCAUCUGUAUUACAAUAUUUAUAUUAUUUAUGUCAAAUUGGUAUAGCUAUGUCACCAUUAAGUAAUAAUUCAUUAUUUUUGAGUUAUAAUCGAAAUCCAUUUUUGGAAUAUUUUCAACGUGGUCUUUGUGUUUCAUUAUCAACAGAUGAUCCAUUACAAUUUCAUUUUACUAAGGAACCAUUAAUGGAAGAAUAUUCCAUUGCUGCUCAAAUAUGGAAGUUAUCAUCAAUUGAUAUGUGUGAAAUAGCACGAAAUUCUGUUUUAAUGAGUGGUUAUCCGGAUGAAGUUAAAAAAGCUUGGCUUGGAGUAGGUUAUAAACAACCUGGUAUUGCUGGUAAUGAUAUUCGUCGUUCAAAUGUACCAAAUAUUCGAAUAGGUCAUCGAUAUGAAGUACUUUGUGAAGAACUUCGUUUACUUAAAGUUGCAUAUCAUAGUCGACAAGAAGAAGAUACUACCGAAGAUUCAUUUUAA